GCUUGAACCUCCGACCUUGUGGUUAACAGCCACACGCUCUAACCAACUGAGCUAUUCCAGCUUGUUGCUUCUUUUUUAUUUGAAAAAUUAAUAUCAAGAAGGAAUCAGUGGGUAUUUAACAUAAAACAAACACACAGGUAGAACCUGCAUCGAUCUAUCAAACAAUGUGGAGAAGAAAAGCAAUCAACUUUCUUCCAAACAGAACUUUCUCAACUUCAACCUUGUACUCCUUUCUCCAACCCACAAUUUUUACACUCAAAAAACCUACUACAGAUCCUACCAAUACCACACCACCACCGACUCUACAGAGCUUAAACCUAGACCACGUAGCCACUUUAGAAUCCACUAUCCACAACUCUCUCCUCACCAAUGACACUGAUCAAGCAUGGAAAUCAUUCAAGUUCCUCACUUCAAACUCUUCUUAUUUCCCUUCAAAAUCCCUCGCUAAUUCUCUCAUUACCCAUCUAUCUUCUCUUCAAGACACUCUUAAUCUCAAAAGAGCGUUUGCUUCUGUUAUUUUCUUUAUGGAGAAAAACCCGCAAAGUUUAGAUUUUGAAACUGUUCAAUCUGUUCUCGAAUCAAUGAAGUUUGCUAAUAGUGCUGCUCCUGCUUUUGCUUUAGUUAAAUGCAUGUUCAAACAUAGGUAUUUUAUGCCUUUUCAUUUGUGGGGUGGUUUGAUUGGUCAUAUUAGUAAAAAGAAUGGAAUGUUUGUUGCCUUUCUGAAGGUGUUUGAAGAAAGCUAUAGGAUUGCUGUUGACGAGAAACUGGAUUUUAUGAAACCUGAUUUGGGUGCUUGUAAUUUGGCUUUAGAGUGUUGUUGUGAAGAAAUUGAGUCUGUUAGUGAUGCUGAUAAUGUUAUUGAGAUUAUGUCUGUUUUGGGUAUUAAGCCUGAUGAGAUGAGUUUUGGGUUUCUUGCUUAUUUGUAUGCAUUGAAAGGGCUUCAAGAUAGGAUAGUUGAGUUAAAGAGUUUAAUGGAAGGGUUCAGUGUUUUGAAUAAAAGGUUGUUUUAUAGUAAUUUGAUUAGGGGGUAUGUAAAGUCGGGAAAUUUGGAGUCUGUUUCUGCAACUAUUAUAUGUAGUUUGAGGGAAGAAGAUGAGAAAAACUAUAAUUUCAAUGAGGAAACUUAUUGUGAAGUCGUUAAAGGGUUUCUCAAAGAUGGGAGCCUCAAGGGUUUAGCAAAUUUGAUAAUUGAAGCUCGGAAGUUAGAACCAGAUUCUAUUGAAAUUGAUAAAUCAAUCAGCUUUGGUGUGAUUAAUGCUUGUGUUAAUCUUGGAUUAUCUGAUAAGGCGCACAGCAUUCUUGAUGAAAUGGAUGCUAAAGGUGGUUCUGUUGGGUUUGGGGUCUAUGUUCCAAUCUUGAAGGCAUAUUGCAAAGAAGGUAGGACAGCUGAAGCUACGCAACUGGUCAUGGAGAUCAGCAAUUUAGGGCUUCAGCUAGAUGCUGGAAGCUAUGAUGCUCUAAUAGAAGCAUCAAUGACCAGCCAAGAUUUUCAGUCUGCUUUUACUUUGUUUAGGGACAUGAGAGAGUCGAGAAGCCCUGACUUGAAGGGGAGCUAUUUAACCAUAAUGACAGGAUUGAUGGAGAAUCACCGACCUGAAUUAAUGGCUGCAUUUUUGGAUGAAGUAGUUGAGGACCCCAGAAUUGAGGUAAAAACUCAUGACUGGAAUUCAAUUAUUCAUGCCUUUUGUAAAGCUGGGAGGCUGGAAGAUGCAAAGAGGACUUUUAGAAGAAUGAUUUUCUUGCAGUUUGAACCAAAUGAUCAAACCUAUUUGUCCUUAAUUAAUGGGUAUGUGACCGCGGAGAAAUAUUUCAGUGUUUUAAUGCUCUGGAGUGAGAUUAAGCGACGCGUUUCAAAUGAUAAAGAGAAAAGUUUUAAAUUUGAUCAAAAUUUGGUUGAUGCUUUCCUGUAUGCACUGGUUAAAGGGGGUUUCUUUGACGCGGUGAUGCAAGUUGUUGAGAAGUCUCAAGAGAUGAAGAUUUUUGUUGAUAAGUGGAAGUACAAGCAAGCAUUUAUGGAGACCCAUAAGAAGCUCAAAGUGUCAAAGUUGAGAAAGAGGAACUUCCGGAAAAUGGAAGCACUUAUUGCUUUUAAGAAUUGGGCUGGUCUAAAUGCAUGAACUUACAGAAUGCCAGGAAUCUCUGCUUAGCUGUUUGUUAAGCCUUUGCUCUAUACACUGCUAUGCUGCUUAGGAUCACAAUGAAGUGCUUGCUUUCAAUCCUUAAGCUUGUUCAAAUGUUCGACUAUCAUUAAACUUUUGCACUUUGCUCACUUGGCUUAUGAUAUUUAUCUGAGCGUAUACAUAGCUCAACCCUGCCUCAUUCCCGAAAUUAACACAAGUUGGAAUCUACUUCAAAGUUCCUUUUGAAUUA